AUGCUGAACAAGCUGCACGGCCAACCUGAGAGCUAUGAUCGCAAGAGCAAAUAUCGCAUGGGAAGGACCUUGGGCGCGGGUACCUAUGGUAUUGUCAAGGAGGCCGACGGCCCAGCAGGAAAGGUCGCCGUCAAGAUCAUAUUGAAGAAGAACGUCAAGGGCAACGACCAGAUGGUGUACGACGAGCUGGAGAUGCUGCAAACCCUACAACAUCCACACAUUGUCAAGUUCGUCGAUUGGUUCGAGUCGCGCGACAAAUACUACAUCAUCACCGAGCUUGCUCAAGGCGGUGAGCUGUUCGACCGCAUCUGCGACAAGGGCAAGUUCACGGAGAAGGAUGCCUCUCAAACAAUACGGCAGGUCUUGGAAGCUGUGGCCUACCUCCACUCCAAGGACGUCGUCCACCGUGAUCUGAAGCCCGAGAACCUCCUCUACAUGACGCGCGAUCCCAACUCAGAUCUUGUCCUUGCCGAUUUCGGAAUUGCCAAACAUCUUGACAGUCCAGAGGGUGUAUUGAAGACAAUGGCUGGCUCCUUCGGCUAUGCCGCACCGGAAGUCAUGCUCAAGAGGGGUCAUAGUAAGCCGGUCGACAUGUGGUCGUUGGGAGUCAUCACCUAUACCCUGCUCUGCGGUUACUCUCCUUUCCGAUCAGAGUCGCUCAACGACUUGAUCGACGAGACGAGGAAUGGCCGUGUCGUCUUCCACGAGCGCUACUGGAAGGACGUCUCCAAAGAGGCGAAGAACUUCAUCCUGUCACUCCUCAAGCCAGAUCCUCACGACCGAGCCACAAGCGAACACGCCCUGAAAGAUCCAUGGAUCGCAGGCAAGGGCGCCACUGACCACAACUUGCUGCCAGAGAUCAAAGCAUACAUGGCACGUUGCCGUCUCAGGCGAGGCGUGGAACUUGUCAAGCUUGCCAACCGUAUCGAGGCACUCAAGAUACAGGAAGACGACGAAGACGAUGUUCCUCAGGAGGCCGACGUGCCAGCAGAUGCCAAAACAGCGGCUGCGGAAGCUGGCCACACUCGACACGAUAGCAACGCGAGUCUCAAGCCGCCGGAGGACCAUGAACCACAGAGAAAGAGGAGUUUGUCGAAGUUGGCCAAGAGUGCGAUCUUCAGAGAGGUGGUCCUUGCCAAGGUGCGCGAGAUCAAGGCAGAGGAAGAGAAGCAAAAGACGAUCCAGGACGCAACGGGCAAGACCAAAUGA